AAAGCUGAGAGCAUUGGAUUGCAGGAGCUCCCACAGAAGAGGGGUCCCUGCACCCGGGACAGGAUGAAGUGAGGGCCCCGGGGGCCACACAUCUGGAACUGUACUGAGGAGAAGAUGGCUACCAGCGCUGUCCUGAGCGAUAACCUGCCGACCUACAAGCUGGUGGUGGUGGGCGAUGGAGGCGUGGGGAAGAGCGCGCUCACCAUCCAGUUCUUCCAGAAGAUCUUUGUGCCGGAUUAUGACCCCACCAUAGAGGACUCCUACCUGAAGCACACGGAAAUAGACGGACAAUGGGCCAUUCUGGACGUGCUGGACACCGCCGGGCAGGAGGAGUUCAGCGCCAUGAGGGAGCAGUACAUGAGAACUGGCGAUGGUUUCCUCAUCGUUUACUCGGUCACGGAUAAGGCGAGCUUCGAACAUGUGGAUCGCUUUCAUCAACUCAUCCUCAGGGUCAAAGACAGAGACUCUUUCCCGAUAAUUUUAGUCGCGAACAAAGUGGAUCUGAUGCACUUAAGAAAAAUAUCAAGUGAACAAGGGAAAGAGAUGGCGGUAAAACACAACAUUCCUUAUAUUGAAACCAGUGCCAAGGAUCCUCCUCAGAACGUGGACAAAGCCUUCCAUGACCUCGUCAGGGUGAUCAGGCAGCAGGUUCCAGACAAGAAUCAGAAGCGGAAGAGGAACACCAAGUGGCGGGGCGACCGCGGGACGGGCACACACAGGCCGUUCUGCGUGGUCUUGUGACAUCUGGGCAUGGACACAACUGCCGAACACUGCCUGUCCUGUACCCGCAGCGACCCCGGCUUGGGGGCUGUCACAUCCAAUACUUGAUGCUGGGCCAGACCCACGCCGUCUGUGUAGACCGCCGCGCCCACUCCACGAGCUGAGAUGGUGGGCAAUGCUGCCAGUGCCCACUGACGAGAUGGCACCGACUGAACCUCCCCUCACCCUCCUGUUGGAGUGGGGACGUAUUUAUUCCUGUAUAACGUGGUCCUUUUUUUUUAUGGCGGUAAUGACAUUUUUUGGAGGGAUCAAUCCCUCAGGCAAGGAAGCCAUUUGGCCGCAGCGCCCGAAUCAGGCCUGAGGUCCGGGUGUUAACCACUGCAUUGCUGCUCCCCCUAAAGUGCCAGGACACACGAGACAAUGGAUUUAUGUUGCACUUUUUAAGUAUUUCUGACUCUUCGUCACCAGUGCCCAUCCCCCGGUACAGAGGACCAUAAGACUCCAGUAUCAUAUGGUAGCGCACCUCUGCCCCCUGGUGCUAUGUUACAAGGUCUUAGGUUCUGAACUCUUGAUUUCACCUCCAGGAUCCGGACACCGCAGGAUUCGAGGCGUUUUCUUUUUUGUAUUUUUUUUUUUUUUUUACCUUUGUUUUACGUCAUUUUUAAUGAAUCAGCCAUGAAGCACUUUCUUCUAGGACCCGCUGUGUCUCUGGUGCUCACCCAGUCUCCUGCAAGCCAUAGGCGCUGAAAGGGUUAACCAGCCGAAUCUGAAAUGAAUUUUGGGAGGGGAGAAUACAUUCCAGUUGGCGGGGAACCCCAGACAAUGUGUCAAACCCUGGAACGAGGCCAGAAGGAAUGAAAAGGGCCCUUCUCUUCCCCGAGUAUUUUCAUUUGUGUGAGGACUUGUCAAGCAGUGUUUUAGUGAGACACGAAAUCCGAUGGGAGUUACCGGGCGGUGGGAAAAACGGCCGCAAUGUAAUUCCACACAGUUGUGUUUUAUUAUUUUCCUUGUGAAUGUAUUAACUUAUUUCUAGGGGAAUAAAACAGUAGGAACGUCA